AUGAAAUGUCACUUGACGGAACGUUGGGUGGAGAAACUUCCCACUAUACUACUCGGUCUUCGAGUAACAUUUAGACCGGACUUAAAAGCAACUCCUUGUGAGUUGGUAUACGGCAAAACGGUACGACUGCGAGGAGAAUUCUUUACAGCUUCUGAUGACCCCGUGGACGAGUCUUCGUUCGCCAAAAGACUGAAAGAAUACACGCGCAGCCUGCGCCCGACACAAACAAGACUACAGACAGGUCAGACUUUCAUUCCUCAAGACUUGUCUACUUGCAGCCACGUCUUCUUGAGAUAUGAUGCUGUCCGAGCAUCACUUCGCCCAAUCUACGACGGACCCUAUCUGGUUCUCAGUAAAACAGAGAAAGUCUUCAGGAUACUGAAAGAGAACAAGGAAACGGUUGUUUCCAUAGACAGACUCAAACCAGCCUUUUUGUUGUCAGGGGAGCCACCUCAGUCAAAUACCCCGGCAGCGGACAUUGAGCACCAGCCCCCUCAGUCAAAUACCCCGGCAGCGGACAUUGAAAACCAGCCACCGACCAAAACAUGCAGGUCUGGUAGAAGAGUUAGGACCCCAGUCCGUUUUUCCUAG